AUGAGUUCUGACGGAGGGGAGCAGGAUAAAACACGUCUCUUAAGGAUGAUUCGGAAUGAAUAUGAUGAAAGGAACGUUGAAAUGACUUCUGAAGAUAUAAGGGCACGCGACGAGUGCUCCUUUAUGUCGAGGAAGGAGUAUCAGUGGAAGAUAGGCAGUAGCGUACUGAGAAUUAACAAAAGAAAAUCGUUUAAAUAUACACCAAACGAUUGUGGGCUGGUCUUAGACGGUGAUCGGCGCUACUUUAAAAGAGGAAAGGAUGACUGCCGAUGCCUACCGAGCAACGGCGUUUGUUCUGUGGAUAGAAAUACGGUUUUGGACGCCGUAGUUGAUGUUAUGCAUUUAACAUACCCAGCUUUCAGCAGACAAAAGGCUAGAAAAAGGAAGAAGAUUAUGGGGAAAGGAAGAAGGAAGAUGAAGACGAACGAAAUCUUGCUGCCUGAUCUUGAGGGUCCGGAAUGUACAGUGCUACAGAGUGCCCGAAAGAACAGUUGCGCCGUGAAGAACCAUGCCAUGUCAGCUACCGCACCAGCAAGGCUCCUCGAGGAAGACACUGGGUCGUCUAGAGGUCCCGAUGUCAAGAAGGCGCUGAGAGAUGUUGUAAGAGGAUUCCUGGUGAAGUUCGGACAUAUUGAAGAGUUGGAAGCCAUCACUGACAGAAAGCCUGAAGAUCCUACAAGAGCCGUGGUGCACUAUCUAUCUAGUAAUCAAAGUUUUGUCAGAAUAAAGAUGGGGAAAGCACAACAACUGCAGCAGAGAUGCGUCAGCAGAAAAAGGAAUGUGAGCGAAGACGAAGAACUCGAAUUUAAAGAAAAUCCUGUUUUAUAUGAAGCUGCAAAAGAAAAAGAUACGUGGAAAAAAUUGCUGUUGAAUAGUUUAAAUCAUCGACAGAGGGAUGAACAGCGCUAUUUUAUAUGGAAUCAACCGGAAAGGCAGAGUCUGAAUACGAGUUGCCACAACAGCCAUAAAGAGGAAAAAAAUAAACAAAAAGAAUUGGAUAAAGCGUGUUUUGUUGCAGUAGGAUCCAUAUUGCAAGUUUUGCUACAGCAAGGUACAAAUAUUGCUGGUUUGGCUUCCGAACUUAAUUCUAGGAAAAGCUCCCCAGGCUACCUAUUGGAUGUCUUGCGAUCGAAGGGACACAUAAGACGAAAAUGCUUUGACAGUUAUGUGUUCCUACUGUUCGUAGACUAUAUACCUGCUACAAGCAGAGACUAUAGCAAUGAAAAUGAACAAAUCCCAUAG